AUGAAGUUCCGCGAUGGCAUGUGGCAGUCGGCCAACGACAUGGCGCUAGAGUAUGCCGAAGAGGUGCACCAGAUCAAGCAGACAGAAAAGGGGCUGCGGCUCCUGUGCCCGACGCGCAAGAUCAUGGGCAGAGGGGACACGCUGAACCGCUCCGUGCUGACGAUUGACAUAGAAGCCGAGUUCGACGGCGUCGUGUCGGUGGAGACGACGCACUGGUCGGGCUCGGCGCGGCGCGGCCCAGACUUUGAACUGUACCCGGACGGCAGGCCCGAUGCGGUCGCGGCCGAGGUGAGCCGGAGCGAGGCGGGCACGACGCUGAGGUCGGGCUCGCUGUCGGUGACGGUAUGCUCGGAGCCGCACGCGUUCUCGGUGCGAUUCCACGACAGCGGCGACGCGACGGCGCUGCUGACGUCGCUCCUGGACCGCAGCGUGGGCAUCGCGUACAACCCGGCGGCGGCGCCGGCGACCAGGCUGGAGAACAUGAGGGGGUUCCGGCACCACGUGUUCACGCAGACGACGCUGUCGGUGGGCGAGUCGGUGCACGGGCUCGGGGAGCGGUUCGGGGCGUUCAACAAGGUCGGGCAGCAGGUGGUGAUGUGGAACGCGGACGGCGGGACGAGCAGCGAGCUCGCGUACAAGAACGUGCCGUUCUGGAUCAGCUCGCGCGGCUACGGGGUGUUUGUCGACUCGCCGGACCGCGUCGAGUUCGAGGUCGGCAGCGAGCGGUGCUGCAGGGUGCAGACGAGCGUCGAGGCGCAGCGGCUGCGGUGGUUCGUCAUCCGCGGCCCUUCGCCCCGGGACGUGCUGCGGAGGUACGCCGUGCUGACGGGCAAGGGCGCCGCCGUGCCGGCCUGGAGCUACGGCCUCUGGCUGAGCACCAGCUUCACGACCGACUACGACGAGGACACGGUGCGGGGCUUCCUGGAGGGCAUGAGGCGGCGCCGGAUCGCCGUCGACGUCUUCCACUACGACUGCUUCUGGAUGAAGGAGUUCACCUGGACCGACUUUGUCUUUGACGCCGAAAAGUUCCCGGACCCAAAGGCCAUGAUCGCGAGGUUCAAGGAGGCCGGGCUGCUUAAGAAGGUCUGCUGCUGGAUUAACCCGUAUAUUGCAGAGCACGGGGCCAUCUUCCAGGAGGCGGCAGAGAAGGGGUACCUGCUCAAGAGGAAGAAUGGGAUGGAUGUUUGGCAGUGGGAUUUGUGGCAGGCGGGCAUGGGCCUCGUCGACUUUACAAACCCCGAAGCGUGCAAGUGGUACGCCGACUGCCUGGACAAGCUGCUCGACACGGGCGUGGACGCCAUCAAGACGGACUUUGGCGAGCGCAUCCCCUGGCAGGACGUGCAGUGGCACGACAGGUCGGUGGACGCGCGGCGCAUGCACAACUACUACGCCUUCCUGUACAACCGGUGCGUGUACGAGGCGGUGGAGCGGCGGCACGGGCGGGGCCAGGCGGUGCUGUUCGCGCGGUCCGCCACGGCCGGCACGCAGCGGUUCCCGCUGGUCUGGGGCGGCGACUGUGAGAGCACGCCCGAGGGCAUGGCCGAGUCGGUGCGCGGCGGGCUCUCGCUCGGGCUGGCCGCCUACCCGUUCUGGUCCGUCGACAUUGGCGGCUUCGAGGGCCGCCCGCGCCCCUGGAUCUACAAGCGCUGGGUGGCCUUUGGGCUCCUGUGCAGCCACAGCCGCCUGCACGGGUCCGGGUCGUACCGCGUGCCGUGGCUUAUAGAGGACGACGAGGGCGACGACCACGUCCACGACGACGACGCCGCCGCCGCCGACCAGGGCUGCUCCGCCACCCUCAGAGCCUUCACCGCGCUCAAGAACCGCCUGAUGCCCUACAUCCUCGCCCAGGCCGCCCGGGCCGUCGCCGGAGGCCUGCCGCUGUCGCUGCGUGCCGCCCUGCUCGAGUUUCCCGAGGACCCGACCUCGUGGUACCUGGACCGCCAGUUCCUGCUCGGGGAGUCGCUGAUGGUGGCGCCCGUGUUCGACGAGUCGGGCGUCGUGCACUUCUACCUGCCCCGGGGCACGUGGACGUGCUUCUUCACCGGCAGGAAGAGGCAGGGGCCCGCCUGGUUCAGGGAGAAGCACCGCUUCGCCACCCUGCCGCUGUACGUCCGUCCCGGCACCGUGCUGGUCCUGCGCCAGGACGUCGGCUUCGACGAGAGCGUCAGGGAUGGCGCCGUCUACGACUUUGCCGACCGCGUCGAGGUGCGGCUGUACGAGGUGCGGGAGGGGGACGGCGCCGAUGUCGUGGGCGCAGAUGGCCAAGUCGUCGGGAGGCUCGAGGUGGGAGGAGACGGUAAAUCGUUGAGCGGGCUGCAUCUGUUCCGGGGGAACACGCUUGUUCGGGAACCUGGGUUUGGUGACAAGAGUAUCGAGGACUCGGGGAUCGAAAUGCUUGACUGA